AUGGAAUCUGUAGUGGAGGCAACAUCCGGUGCGGUGGGUGCACUGGUCAGCACCACCAUUUUGUACCCGCUUGACACUUGCAAGACCAAGUAUCAAGCUGAAAAUCGAGCCCACCAUCAUCAGAAAUACAGGAAUAUAUCUGAUGUCCUCUGGGAGGCAAUAUCCACCCGUCAAGUACUCUCGUUGUACCAGGGCUUGGGAACAAAGAACUUCCAGUCUUUCAUUUCGCAGUUUAUCUAUUUCUACGGGUACAGCUUUCUGAAGAGACUUUACUUAAGAAAAAGUGAGUCCAAAUCUAUCGGGACCCGAGCCAACUUGAUCAUAGCGGCUGCUGCUGGUGCUUGCACGGUGGUAGUCACACAGCCGCUGGAUACAGCAUCCUCAAAGAUGCAGACGAGUGAAUUUGGGAAAUCCAAAGGGCUUUGGGAAUCUCUAAGCGAGAGCACUUGGGCGGAGUUGUUUGAUGGGUUGGGCAUCUCUCUCCUUCUCACGGCAAAUCCUUCCAUUCAGUACACCGCGUUUGAUCAGUUAAAGCAGAGACUGCUAACGGCGAAGCUGAGAAAAGGGGAAAAUGAUGUGAUGGCAACAUCUCCCGAAGCUCUUUCUGCAUUUUCUGCUUUUGUGUUGGGUGCUGUCUCGAAAUGCAUUGCUACCUGUUUAACGUACCCAGCUAUAAGAUGUAAAGUGAUGAUCCAGUCAGCUGAGUCGGACGAGGGUAAAGAUGAACAUGCUCGUAAGACCGUGUUUGGUGCACUCCAUGCAAUUUGGGAAAAAGAAGGUCUACUGGGUUUUUUUAAAGGUUUGCAGGCCCAAAUCCUGAAGACCGUCUUAAGUUCUGCACUUCUUUUAAUGAUAAAGGAGAAAAUCACAAAGUCGACAUGGGUCACAAUGCUUGCCCUACGAAGGUUCAUAUUUCUUACCAGAACACAGUUAAAGAACUCAUAA